GAGUCGUUAUGUCUGAUUUAACAUCUCUGACUCUUUCUUCUCCUGCAGGUAUAACUUCAGGCUUGUCUACAUUUUCUCCUAUAACUUAUUCCAGUUCUGCUGUCACACAUGGAUCCUGGCUAACACCAUCGCAAGGUUUCUCACCUUUGGCCAAGAUGCUUUGGCGGACACCUUUUACUCGGUGGGCUUUGUGAUGAGCCUCUGCCAGCUGCUCUCCAUCCUGGAGGUCUUCCACAUCGCAGAUGGGAUCGAGAAGGCUCGGCUCCUUCCUCGCUUCAUCCAAGUGAUGGAGAAGAACAUUCUGCUGAUCAUGGUCAUCAUGUUGGAGGAGAUCCAAAGUAAGCCAGUGGUGUGUGCGCAGUUCUUCCUGUGGAACAUACUGGACCUCCUACGAUACCCGCAUGAGCUCCUGUGCGUUAUGGAGAGACCCUCCAUUUCCAUGUUGUGGCUCCGUUACUCUCUUUGGAUCCCGUUAUACAUCCUGUCUGUUGCCAAUGAAGGUGUCACCGUUUAUCAGGCCAUGCCGUACAUGGAGCCGUCAGCCUCCAGCUCAGCUUAUAUUCAUCUCCCCUUCCUGCUGAUGCUCUACCUGUCGCUUCUCACCGUGGGAGCCUCACUGACGGUCUGGCAGCUGCUGAAGGAGAGGAAACACCAUCUGGAGAAACGCUUCAAGAGGAAGAAGAAGAAAUGAGCGAGUUGGAUCGAUGUGGUUAAAGAGACGAUGCGUUUAAACGCGUUUGAGAACCGAAGACUGUAAAGAAGGAUGGACACAAAAUGCAACAUUUUUUUUUCUCAAGCGGUUUUAAUGAAGUCGGUAAAUUCCUCACUCAUCUGUGUCUAAGUGAAAAAAAAAAAAAAAAAGAGUCUCUGCUGUUUGCCGAGUCGGACGGAUGAGACGGCGGCUUCCUCUGCGCUACCAGCCGUACGCUCUGGUCCACACCGCCUUCUUCCUGAACUCGGAGGAGGACUUCAGACUCAGGAGAGCCGCUGGAACAAGAGCAGAACAUGGAGGAGAUCAACUUUUCCUGUGGAUGACGGCCAGCAGAGUGCAAACUCAGCAUUUAAACGUUACGAUCUACCUCUGAGCUCCGAAAGCAACGGAUGUUCAUUCAGCUGAUCUACAGAAGUUCCCAGGACAGAAUCAGGCAUCUGCAGCUUAUUGCAAAAAAAACCAGGGAACUCUAUCCAUGACUGGACCAGGUUCUGCUGAGACUGUCCAGGUCCAAACAGUCUGAAACCCACCUCAUAUGGGGUCAAUUCUGUCCCAUUAUUGUUGCAUGAAAGAACACAUUUCAUAAAUGGAAAUUUGAAAAAAUAGUUUUGAGAGUAACUUUGCUGUUUUCUUAGAUUUUAUAAAGAAUAAAAAAUAAUGAUAGAAACAUAAAGUUGUGCUGAAAAGUUUGCAUCCCCUCCCAUUAAAGAAAAGAUAAACUCACACAAAAAUGAAAAUUGUUACAAUAAAUAAUAAUAAAAA